AAAUUUGUAUAAUUCACCUGUUGUCAUGGCUACCACUUGUGUUGGUCUAACAAAAUCGAAAUAAAAUCGAAAUAUUUGAACAGUACUAGUGCUUUCCGAUCCACUUUAUUUCCCAAACAUGACGCUCUAUUUCGAUAUAAAAGUACAAUUCUUGGAUUCAGAAGCAGUGAGUACGAUUGGUGCGUGUCAUCCUCGCGAACCGCUAAUUGCCGUCGCAUCGUACAGUCAAGACCAAGGUGGUUCGGUGACUAUAUUUGACGAUUCGGGGCAACCAAUUAAAGACGUAACAUUUCCCGUACAUCCGACGUCACAAGCGUCUGCAAUACGAUGGCAUUCCGAUAAAAAAUUACUGGUUACCGGCUGGGAGAAUGGUGAAGUGCACGCAUGGUUCGGUGGUAAUAGAGAGUUUUCCACAAUCAAUGGACCACACAAAUCGCCAAUCGUAUUCUUGGAGUUCAGUGAACAAGGCGGUCGAAUGGUAACCGCUGACUCGAAUGGGGUGCUAACCGGUUGGAGAUGCGAUAGUCAGGGACAAUUUUUGACUAUGUUUACGCAUGACCUAAAAGAUCCUAUCAUCCAUGUUACCUUUCGACGGACUGUAUUAAAUGUUGUCAACACAGAGAUAAGCAAUCUGGCGAAAGCUGCAGUUGCUGGUGACGAAUCAGCACUGGAUGUACUUACAAACUGGCGUCCACGUACGGCAGCAAGAAAUUUGGCUCAUGUGGGUGUGAAAGAUAACCACUGUUUUUAUGUGGGAACCGAGGCUGGAUUCAUUUACUAUUUGAAUCAAUCGGGAACCUGCACAGAAGUGUUACAAACGAAUGCAGCCAUUUUCACACAACUUUUGUGGCAUCCGAAAAGGGAAGCUAUUGUUGGUCUAAUGGAUGACAUGACUGUGUGCCAUUUUUUAGUUGAAGCUAACGGAAGUCUUACUGAACUGGAUAAAGUUAAACUAAGUGGUCGUAUCACCGGUCACACCGGUUGUAUUUCCUGGGCUGGAAAUGCAAUGGCUAUAAUAAGCGGCGACUUCUCCGUUCGCAUAUGGGACAUCGAUACAAGCGAUAACUUUCUGCUACCCACUUCAUUACCAAAUCCAUCGAAAACGUCUCCCACACAAAUUUCCAAAAAUCGUACAGCAAGCGUCAGAACAGGAACGAUAACAACAACAACAACAGCAACUCCAAUGGAAGUAUUUACAUGCAUUGCUUACUGCUCAGACAAUCAAACUUUAUGUGCCGGAACAAAUCAAGGAAAUUUGUAUACGUGGAAGAGAACAAACUACUCAGUUGAUGUACCAGAAAAUACAUGGCAAUUAAAUAAUAUAUCAGCUGUGCGCGGGGCCAUUAAGCAAUGUACUUGGGGGGUUUGUGAAACAGUCAAACCUUGCAUUAUGGUUAAUUGUAUUGCAAAUGUUUACAUACUAAAGGAACAACCGUUGGUGUCCGCUCAUUGUCGCGAAAUAUGGGCAACGCAAAGAAAUGCUAAUCAAGUGUACGUACAGAACGAUGCCGAUAAAUCGACGUACCUUCAGGCCGAUGCAAAUAUAUCGAUCACCGAUUUAUGCCUAACCAAACGAAAUAUGUUACUAACGAAUGGCCGAACGGUUGUUGUGUAUAAAAUAAUCGUUGAGGAUGAUUUGGCUGAUGUUAAAUUGAACAAAGGCUUAAGCAUUAAAUUAAUGAACACAUUUGUAGCGGAAUGCAUUCAGUUGUUUAUUCAUGACGAAAACAUUAUUGUAUUGGGUCAAAUCGAUGUGAAAAUAUAUUCGUUGGGUGGUGUGGUGCUGCGAGAAUUACAUUUUAACGACAAUGAAGGAAAACCAAUCGGGGCCGAUCUAUCAACGCAUUAUUUCACCGUGUUUACCUUAAAUGGCUUCAUCAAAAUUUUCGAUGUGUCCAAGCACGAGCCCAAAUUAUUGACGAAACCAAAGUCCGGAUACGAUAUGUUCCCGUCGUUUGGCGAAAUCAUUUUGGCCCGAUGCAAUUCGAAUGGAACGUUACUGGCAGUAACUAUAGCAACGGAGCAAUUAAUUCCGGACGGAAUCGUUUACAUUUGGAAUAUUGAGAGGGACACGGUCAGCUCGUUUGAUUUUCUCGGAAAGUAUAGCAAUCAAUCGCAGCCGCUGGGAUUUGUUGCACGCCUUCCGACGAAUUUUUACUGGGAUACCGAUGAUUGUCGCUUAUUUGCGUGUGAGACUCGUUUCAUUCACAGCAAGACUUUUAAAAACGGAAUCUCUUCGAACAGUAAAACGACUGCGGAUAGUACACAAAGUUCGGUGCUAACGGAGUCCGUGGUAAAUGUCAUGUUUGUCACAGACAAAUGUGAGAUAAAGGAAUUGGAAUCUCUGAAUCUGAUAUCUGGGGAACAGCUGGUCAAUCUAUGCGUACCGAACGUGGUAACGCUGAAGAACAGUGCAAUCGAACUCACUCCCAUGAGAGACUUUCUCGGUCUUGCCACCUGUGACGAUGCAAGUCGUCGAAUGGUUUUGGAUUUUAGUUUGCACGUCGCUCAGGGUAACAUGGACCAAGCGUUUCGAUGCAUUCGUUCCAUUCAGUCGGAUGGAGUGUGGCAGAAUUUGGCCACAAUGUGUGUGCAUACGGGACGGUUAGAUGUUGCUCGAGUGUGUUUAGGUCACAUGAAAAAAGCUCGAUCCGUUCGAGCGUUGCGAAAAGCUAUGGCUGACAGUACGCUGGAGGACGAUGCCAAGGUGGCAGUGUUGGCUAUUGAAUUGGAUAUGAUCGAAGAGGCUGAAGCGUUGUACAAGAAAUGCGGACGAUAUGAUUUGCUGAACAGACUGUUGCAGGCGAGCGGUAGAUUUGAUGAUGCAUUGACAAUUGCCGAACAACUGGAUCGAGUCCACUUGAAGAACACGUACUACAAAUACGCGGAGCAUUUGAAAGCUGAGGGUAACAUUCAAGAGGCAUUGAACUAUUACGGCAAAGCGAAUAAUCCGACGCAUAAUGUUACCCAAAUGUUGAUUGAGGAUCCGGCAGUUUUGCGGAAGUACAUGCAAUCCGCAACUGACCCCAGUUUACUGAAAUGGUGGGCCCAAUACAUUGAAAGUACCGGAGAUAUGGAAUCAGCUUUCAAAAUGUAUCAACGAGCCGAUGACUGGUUUUCGCAGGUUCGAAUUUUGUGUUUCCUGGGACAACUGUCCAGAGCUGAUUCCGUUGCUAAACUGAGUGGUGACAAGUCUGCCUGCUAUCAUUUGGCCAGGCACUACGAAAAUAUUGGCAAAGUGCAAGAGGCCAUUCAGUUCUAUACCCGAGCGCAAACCUACAGCAAUGCCGUCCGCAUAUGCAAAGAGAACGAUCUGCAGAAUGAACUGUGGAACGUUGCGAGUUUGGCACGAUCUCGUGAUAAGGCUUCGGCUGCAGCGUACUUCGAAGAAUGCGGUGACUUUAAACGAGCUGUUGAACUGUAUCACAGAUCUGGUAUGCUACACAAAGCCGUUGAAAUGGCUUUUGCGUCUCAGCAGCCCGAAACAUUGCAAGUGAUCGCAUCUGAAUUGGACGUUAAUUCGGAUCCGGAGCUGGUGACCAGAUGUGCAGACUUUUUCCUGGGAAUCGACCAGCUGCAAAAGGCAGUCCAUUUGCUGGCAAACGCAAAACAUUUCGAAAAAGCUCUGGACAUUUGCAAAGGACGGGCCGUGCCGGUAACCGAAACAUUGGCUGAACUGUUGACGCCGGUCAAAGAUGAAAUUGCAGAACCGACACGAAUGAAAAUACUGACAAUGCUCGGGGAUAUUUUACAGGAGCAAGGAGACUAUCACACCGCCACCAAGAAAUUCACCCAAGCUGGCGAUAAAGUGCGCGCAAUGAAAAGUUUGUUGAAAUCUGGUGACACCGACAAAAUCGUGUUUUUCGCUGGAAUGUCUCGUCAAAAGGAAAUUUACAUUAUGGCCGCCAACUACUUGCAAGCACUGAACUGGCAAAACGACACCAAAAUCUUGAAGAACAUCGUGACCUUCUAUUCGAAAGGACAAGCGUACGAUCUUCUCGCAAAUUUCUACGUAACCUGCGCCCAAGUGGAAAUCGACGAUUUUCGCGAUUACGAAAAGGCAUUGAAAGCGCUGCUGGAAUCGUCAAAGUGUUUGACCAAAGUUCAGAAUGUACAACGCGCCAGUGACAAUUUGCAGAACACAAUCGUUGAGGUGAGAAAGGUGCUGGAAAUACAAGAGGCAUUGGAAAGAGGCGAAUGGCAGAACGUUGUAACGGUUUGUAAAAGUGUGCUCGCCCAACCAGAACGACCGCCAGUACGGCACUCGGACAUUCAGGGUUUCUUAAUCACGUCACUGAUUAAGAUGAAUCAGUAUUCGGAUGCUUUGGCUUAUUUGCGUGACUUAGCGCUCAAAGUCAGUGACUGGAGUUCCAGGGAAUUGGUGGAACGUUCAUUGGUGGCUAAGCUGGCCAAGGAAUGUGGAAUAGAUUUCGAUGCAAUGUGGGCUAGCGGACGGAAGAAACGAUAUGUGGGGACGGAUGAUGCGGAAGAUGAUGGACCUGCAGAAUUCGUCGAAGAAGAAGUGCAGGAAGACGGGGAAUGAAAUUUUCGCGCAUUUGGUGUUAUGAUUACCGAAAAAUAAACGAUUAGUAU